AAUUCAUUCUUCUGAGCAAACCCACAAUUUGCAAUGAACUCAACAGUGCCCCCAUGGAAGUACCAUGUCUUCUUGAGCUUCAGGGGAGAAGACACCCGCAAUAGCUUCACAGGUCACUUACAUGCUGCUCUUGAACGAAGAGGUAUCAUAACUUUCAUAGAUGAUGAACUUAGUAAAGGAGAAGAUAUCUCCCAAGAACUCCUCCAAGCCAUUGAAGAAUCUCUCGUCUCCAUUGUUAUUCUUUCCCCAAGCUAUGCUUCUUCUCGUUGGUGUUUGGCUGAACUCCAAAAGAUUCUUGAAUCCAAGCGAUCUUUGGGAAGAGAAGUCGUUCCAGUGUUCUUUAACAUAGAUCCAUCUCAUGUGAGACAUCAAAGAGGUGCCAUUGGAGAUGCCUUUAAAAGCCACAGGGAGAGAUUUGCUGACAAGGUCCAAGGAUGGAGAGAUGCUUUGCGUGAAGCUGCAAAUAUAUCAGGCUACGACUGCAACCACCGGCAUGAAGCAAAACUCAUUGAAGAAAUUACAGCAGAAGUAUGGGCAAAAGUACACCCUAAAUUACCAUAUUGUUUCAACAAUGAGCUUGUUGGCAUUGAAUCAAGAGUAGAAGCAGUGAAUUCACUGUUAGAGAUUGGAUUAUGUGAUGUUCGCUUAAUCGGAAUAUGGGGCAUGAUUGGUGUUGGAAAGACAACUCUUGCAAGAAUCAUCUAUGAGAGAAUAUUUCGCCAAUUUGACGUCAGCUGUUUUCUUGCAAAUGUGAAAGAAAGCUCUGAGGCCAAUGGUUUGGUAGCUUUGCAAAGAAAACUUCUUUCCAAAAUUAAGAUACAAGCCAUAGAAGUUGAUGAUACAUAUGAGGGAAAGAAUAUAACAAGAAACCUGCUAUGCAAUAAAAGAGUUCUAGUUGUCUUGGAUGACGUAAGUGAAAUAAACCAAUUAGAGAACCUCUGUAUAAAGCAAGCUUGGCUGGGUCCUGGGAGUAGAGUAAUCGUGACAACUCAUAAUAUGCAUGUAUUGAUAGAGCAUGGAGAAUUUCAAAUUUAUGAGGCUGAACUGUUAAACAAUGAAGAAUCUCUCCAACUCUUCUGCAAGAAGGCUUUUAAAAGGGAUGAACCUAUAGAAGGUUAUUCGGAGCUGUGCACAGACAUCAUCCACCAUGCUGAGGGCCUUCCUUUAACUCUUGAAGUGCUGGGUUCUUAUUUUUGUGGAAGAAGUGAACUUGAAUGGAAAGAAGGUUUGAAGAAGAUUAAAAAGUUUCCACCAAGCAAUAUUCUAAAGAGGCUUAGAAUCAGUUAUGAUGCAUUAAGUGAUACGGAAAAGAAAAUAUUUUUAGAUGUUGCUUGUUUGUUCAAGGGAAUGAUCAGAGACCAAGUGACACAAAUAUUUGAAAUAUGUGGUGAUCUUUAUCCAACGCUUGGAAUAAGAGAACUUGUUGAGAAAUGCUUGUUGACAGAAUAUUAUAGUAAUGAUGGUGCAUGUCGUUUGGGUAUGCACGAUAUCCUUCAAAAAUUGGGCAGAAGUAUUGUUGUAGAGGAAUCACCUAAUGAUGCUGGCAGACGUAGCAGACUAUGGUCAUUAGAAGAUAUUGAUCAUGUCAUGUCAAAAAACAAAGGCACUGGUUUGGUAGAAAUUAUACAUCUUCAAUCACCUAUGCCAUAUGAAGCGAGUUGGGACCCAGAAGCAUUCUCUGCGAUGCGUAGCCUUACUAUACUCAUCAUAUCAUGUGAUGUGUACCUUCCUCGAGGUCUCAAAUUUCUUCCCAGUUCAUUAAAAUUUCUUGAUUGGAAGGCUUAUCCCUUGAAAUCUUUGCCCCAUUGUGCUCAUCUUGAUGAGCUUGUGCUCCUUAGAAUGCAUCAUAGCAAGAUCACACAAAUUUGGGGGAGUACACAAAUGUCAAAAAGGUUAAAGUUCAUUGAUUUAAGCUAUUCUGAAGAUUUCGUACGAACUCCUGAUUUCUCGAUGCUACCCAACCUUAAGCAAUUAAUUCUUGAAGGUUGCGCAAAACUCACUGAAGUUCACCCAUCACUUGGACAACAUAAGAAACUUGUUGUGCUGGAUUUGAAAGAUUGCAAGAAUCUUAAAGCUCUUCCAACUAGAAUGGAAAUGGACUCACUGAAUAAAUUGAUCCUUUCAGGGUGCUUGAAAAUUAAAAAACUUCCAGAGUUUGGGAAAAAUAUGAGCAACCUGUUGGUUCUUGAUGUGAAAAAUUGCAAAAGUCUAGUUUGCCUCCCAAGUUCUACUUGUAACUUGAAAUCUCUAAAAACUCUCAUUAUUUUAGGUUGCUCAAAAUUUUCCUUGUUGCCAGAAAAUUUGAAUGAAAAUAAUUGUCUAGAGGAGCUUGAUUUGAGUGAAACUGCUAUUAGAGAAAUACCUUCAUCCAUCAUUGGCCUACAAAAUUUGAAGCUAUUAUAUUUGAAAGGAUGUAAAGGUCUAAGUUCAAGAUCCAAUUCAUUAGCAAUGAGCUUGCUUUCCCCAAUUCAAGAGGUGUUUGGGUUGCAUUCUGAAGCUCCCAGAAGAUCCUUGUUUUUUUCUUUCAUCUCAAGUCUAGCAACUUUGAAGGAAUUGCGUUUAGAUGACUGUAACCUGAGAGUUGGAUCAAUUCCAGAUGAACUUGGCUGCUUAACAUCAUUGGAGUUACUUGUUCUAAGCGGAAAUGAUUUUGGCGGCAAUGGAUCUACUGAUAAUUGGAUACUUCCUCCUUCAUUCUCACGUCUUUCUUCAUUGAAGUAUUUAUACAUAUGUAAGUGUAAUCUCAAUGAUGGUUCAAUUCCUAAUGACCUUAAUAGCUUAUCAGCAUUGGAAAAACUUGGUUUGUUAGGAAACAAUUUCACACAUAUACCUGCUGGUUGUAUAUCUAACCUCUUGCGUCUGCAUACUCUUCAUUUGAGUCACUGCCCACGGCUCAGGUGUUUGCCAAAUCUUCCACCAAAUUUACGACGUAUAGAUACUGUUGCCUGUCAUUCAAUGCAACCUUUGUCAUUUCCAGAGUUACUAUUGAAGUGCAUUGCUUUCGCAAAUGGUUUUGUGGAAUCUUUUCCUCAUAUGCACACAAAUAACGUGAGAUUUGCCAUCUGGUGGGUUCUGGGAAGUGAAAUCCCAUCAUGGUUCCACAAUCAAGACUUUCAAUACCUUCAUAAAAUUGAUGGGUUUCAAGAUAACCAUGUUGUCCGAACUUCUGAGGAAGAAAUCUCAGAUCAAAGUUUUCGCGAAAUUAAGAACGGUGGUUUUUUACACGCUGAUUCCAUUGUGUCAAUGGAAGUAGAUAUCAAUGAUUUUCGUGGUUCAAGUGAAAGUUGCGGAAUUUCUCUUUGCAUUGUUCUACAAGAUAUGGACCUUGAUGAUGUGUUUGAUCUUUUAUACCUUAAGAUGACUUGUAGAGCUUCAGCAGAUGAAUUCUUCAAAGAAGAGAUACGAUGGCGUGUUUCUUUUGAAGGCCAUUCCCACCAAAUUUUCAUCAUGUACUUGCCCCUAAGCAAUUUUGCAGCUGAUUGCAACAAGAUUGAAGUCAUAUUUUACACUACUCGAAUUAUGCGCGAAGACAUGGAAGCAGAAUUGGAUGUGAAAGCUGACUGUGGAGAUCAUGGCAAGUUUAUAACAAGCAAGUGUGGCUGGCGAGUGACACGAAAGGAAGAUGUAGAAGAAUGGCUCAGAAAAAUCCAACAAUGCAGCAGUACCGGUGAAAACAAGGAAAUCCUUUCCCAAGAAUCUGUUCGUGGAAGAAAGAGAUACCAUGAAGGGGAAGAUCAGCAAGGAGAAGUCACUGUUAGUGAUGUGGAAACUGAAACUUGGUGUUUGGAUGAGCUUGAAAGGAUUCUUGAAUCUAAAAGAUCUUUGGGUAGAGAAGCUAUCCCAAUCUUCUGUAAGGUUCAUCCAUCUGAUGUGCGUCGUCAAAGAGGUAGCUUUGGUCGUGCCCUUCAACAGCAUGCUGAGAGAUUUGCUGGAAACAAAGAGAAGCUGAAGAGGUGGAAAGACGCCUUCGAAGAAGUUGCAAAUAUAUCUGGCUAUGACUCUACGGAUCAGCAUGAAGCAAAACUCAUUGAAGAAAUUACAGCAGAAGUAUGGGCAAAGGUACACUCUAAAUUGCCAUAUUAUUUCAGCAAUGAGCUUGUUGGCAUUGAAUCAAGAGUAGACGCAGUGAAUUCACUUUUAGAGAUUGGAUUACGUGAUGUUCGCUUAAUCGGAAUAUGGGGCAUGACUGGUAUUGGAAAGACAACUCCUGCAAGAAUCAUCUAUGAGAGAAUAUUUUGCCAAUUUGAUGUCAGUUGUUUUCUUGCAAAUGUGAAAGAAAGCUCUGGGGCCAAUGGUUUGGUAGCUUUGCAAAGAAAACUUCUUUCCACAAUCAAGAUAAAAGGCCUAGAAGUUGAUGAUACAUAUGAAGGAAAGAAUAUAACAAGAAACCUGCUAUGCAAUAAAAGAGUUCUAGUUGUCUUGGAUGACGUAAGUGAAAUAAACCAAUUAGAGAACCUCUGUAUAAAGCAAGCUUGGCUGGGUCCUGGGAGUAGAGUAAUGUGA